AUGGCCCAAACCGGGAUCGAAAAACAUAUCUCCGAGCGCUCUGCGCUCCUGGAGAAAGAAAAGUUCAGUAGACACGACCACGCCUUCAAACAGAGGAUGUCCCCGGUCGCAAAAAGCGCAGCGGCCGUCCUCUCCAACAUCCGCAAGAAGGAACUGGAGACGUUCUGGACAACGCCUGCGACGUCUUCCAAUUCGAAUCGCCGCUGCGACCUGAAGGAGGUUAUGUUCCCGGGCAUGUCGUUUGCCUUGUCGCGGGAUCGCAUGGAGAAGACGAAGUUGUGGAAGAUUAUUUCCGCUAUGCCGAAAGGCUGUCUGCUGCAUGCGCAUAUGGAAGCUAUGAUUGAUAUUGGCUGGCUUAUUGAGCAGGCGCUUGAGAUUCCGGGAUUUUAUAUUACGAGUCCGAAGUCGCUGUUCCCUGGGGAUAAGUGGUCGGAGCCGUUUGAAUUUGUGUAUCGGCCUGGUGCACAGGUUGGGGCUGAGGCGAAUAUUUGGCAGGCGGAUUAUACACCAAACCAGCCAGUGCCGGUGUCAGUUGCGGCUAGGACGUGUCCUGGUGGUGUGGAAGGGUUUAAAGCGUGGGCUGUGUCGAGGAUGACCAUUAAUGAGGAAGAGGCUCUACAGCAUCAUCAUGGGAUUGGUGAUAUCUGGAAGAAAUUCAUGUCUUGUUUUAUCGCCAUCUCUGGACUAUUUUUUACAGAGCCGAUAUUUCGACGGUGCAUACCGAGACUGUUACAGCAGCUCCACGAGGACGGCAUCAGAUACGUCGAACUGCGUCUAGGUAUCAACCAGCCCUUCUUCCGCGAGGGCUCGGACGUGGCAGAGCCCGAUUUCUUAUACUUCAUGCAAUGCUUCCAAGAGGAAGUGCAUUCUUACGUAUCCUCUCCCCAAGGUGCUGGGUUCUGGGGCGCGAGGAUAAUUUGGACAGCCCUGCGUAUGUUCCCUGAUGGACCAAUCAAGAAGUCCAUGGAGCACUGUAUAGCUUGCAAGAAGGCAUACCCGGCCUCCAUAGCGGGCUUCGACUACGUCGGACAGGAAGAUCUAGGCCGGCCCUUGAUCGACUUACUCCCCCUUACCAAAUGGUUCGAGCAACAAUGUGCCAAGAAUCAACUCCAAAUACCCUUCUUCUUCCACGCCGGCGAAUGCCUAGGCGAUGGCGAUAGCACCGACAGCAACAUCGUGGAUGCCAUAUUGCUGAACUCCCGAAGAAUCGGCCACGCCUUCUCGCUGUAUAAACACCCCCUCCUUAUCGAUCUCGUUAAGGACAAGAAAAUCCUCAUCGAAAUGUGCCCUAUCUCCCAUGAAGUGCUACGCCUGACCUCAAAUAUCCUGAUGCACCCGAUGCCCGCGCUCCUGUCGCGCGGCGUGGCUGUUUCAUUGAACAACGAUGACCCGGCUGUACUCGGGCAUGGACAAAACGGACUAAGCCACGACUUUUACCAGGUCAUGGCAGCGUUUGAGAACACGGGUCUUGCGGGGCUGGCGACGAUGGCGGAGGAUAGUAUCCGAUGGGCAGCUUUUGAGGAUGAGACGGAACCUGAGUGGCUCGAGGGCAUUGAGGGUCGCGGGAAUGGGUCGAAGGCAGCCCGGAUGACAGAAUGGAGGACCGCUUUUGAGAAGUGGUGCGAAUGGAUCGUUGAGGAAUUCGAGGAGAGGUAG